AUAUAGACUAUAUAAUAACGUUGAAAAAAAUAAAAAGAAGAAGCUACAAAUCAUCAGUUGCUAUAAAUUUGCAAUUCUGUAAGUAGAAUUACUCAUCAGUCUAAUUAUAGCAUUUUCUUUGUAUUUUCUCUAGCAUGGUGACAUUCAAAUUUCCUAUGUCUAUGCUUCUCUUAUUUCUUCUGCUCAAUAUUUUUCUAUGCUUAGCUGAAGUACUAUACCUUCCAGUCACUAAAGAUGCAUCAACUCUACAAUACAUUACAGAAGUAAGUCAAAGAACUCCUUUAAUCCCCAUAAAACUCUUAGUCCAUCUUGGUGGUAGAAGUUUAUGGGUGGAUUGUGACGAAGGUUUCAAAAGUUCAACUUUCAAACCAGGUGUAUGUAAUUCCACACAAUGCACUUAUUCCAAUCCUAAUAAAUGUGGAGACUGCACAUGGAAACCUAAACUGCAGCCUGGAUGUAACAACAAUAGUUGUUACAUUUGGGGUGAAAAUCCCUUGAUCGAUUGGUUUGACGAUAGCGCAGAAAUUGCUGAUGAUGUAUUGGUUAUUGGUUCUACUCCUGGUGUUCGUGUAACUUGGCCGCGGUAUAUUUUCGCUUGCUUUAUUAGUCGCAAUAUGGUGAGACUCCUCGCUAAUGGAGUCACAGGAAUUGCAGGUUUUGGACAUGAAAGUCCAAUUUCCAUUCCUAAUCAACUUGCUUUAGACCCUAGAUUCACCAGGAAAUUUGGUAUAUGUUUGAGCUCAUCUACAAGAUCUAGUGGAGUCAUCUUCAUCGGUUCUGACCCUUAUUAUGUUUACAAUCCUAAGAAGAUCGACAUCUCAAAGGAUAUUAGCUAUACCAAACUAAUAACAAAUAAGUUUGGAUUUACUGUAUCUGAAGAGUACUAUAUCCAAGUUUCAUCCAUUCGUAUAGCUGGAAAAGACGUGCCACUAAAUAAAACAUUACUAUCUAUUAAUAAGAAAGAUGGAGUUGGUGGGACGAGAAUCAGCACAGCGACACCUUUCACAAUUUUGCACACUAGCAUUUACGAUGCUUUUAAAACUGCUUUCAUAAAGGCGCUUCCGAAGAACGUGACACUUGUAGAGCCUCCUAUGAAACAAUUUGGACUUUGCUUUAGUUCCAAGAACAUUAAAAGCACCAACGUUGGACCAGAUGUUCCUGUGAUAGAUGUCGUCUUGCACAGGCCGAGUGCAUUUUGGAGGAUUUAUGGGUCAAAUUCAGUGAUACAAGUUGGUAAGAACGUUUUGUGUUUAGCGUUUGUGAGACAAGACCAACAAGGGGAACCAUCAAUUGUGAUGGGAGGGCAUCAAUUGGAAGAAAACCUAUUGGUAUUUGACCUUCCAAGAAAGAAGAUAGGUUUCAGCUCCUCACUCAAGCUUCAACAAACAUCAUGUUCUAAGUAUGACAAUAACAUUCUAGACUAAGUACCGUUCUAGUCUUAGCCCCUCUAUUCUACGUAAUUUUUCAUUUCAAUAAUAAACUAGAUGGACGGUAUUCGUGCA